AUGACGCACAGAAUUGAAAUCACGGGCAACAGGGCUGAAGCUAAUUCGACCCAAGUCAACAACAUGACGUUGAAUACGAGCCACACGACCGAAGAGAUCGAUCGCACCUGUCUCCUUGCCUUACGAUGCCCGGACUCACUGGUGGUCAAAAAUCUACUGAAAGAGAACAAAGACAAAUUGGUUCAUAAAUCUUUUGACUGGAUUCUGCAGGACUCGCAAUAUCUCUCCUGGCAAGAUGGGUCCGAUGUGGGAGUGCUGUGGAUUAAAGGCGGCGCCGGCAAAGGAAAGACGAUGAUGUCGAUCGGCCUCAUCGAGAAAUUGGAGGAGCGGUCGCGACAAGCGAAAGAGACGACGGUGGUGAUAUACUUCUUCUGUCAGAACGACGACGCAGCACUGAACACGCUCGAAGCGAUCAUCAAAGGUCUAAUCCUCCAACUGGUGAGACAGCAGCCGAUGGUCAAACAAUCGCUGCGAGAGCGGUGGGACAUGGCCACUCUGCGAUUCACCGAGGAUGUCUCGUCGUGGCGGGGUCUGUGGGCCAUCUUCACGGAGAUGCUGCAUCAGAGUGACUGUGCGCGCCUCUACGUGAUGGUGGACGGAUUGGAUGAAUGCCAAGAUCGCGGGAUGGUGGACCUGCUAAGGCUAAUUGUUCGGACGGAGUUGGAUCGACCGUCUCGCGUCAAGUGGCUCUUGACGAGUCGACCAUUGGACAGCGCGGAGCAAGAGUUACUCACUGCACGGGAUCAGGUACAGGUCAGCCUCGAACUCAACUCGGACCACAUUUCUCAGGCGGUUCGGAAUUAUAUUUCGUCCAAAGUAGUCGAACUAGAUCGACGACAAGGGUAUGGGCCAGGCCUUAAACGGAUUGUUGAGGACGAAUUACAUAUAAGAGCGCAAGAUACUUUCUUAUGGGUCACUUUAGUGUGCAAACAACUCGAAAGCGUCAAGCGGGAGAAUGCGUUGGGUGUGAUUCGAGAUUUGCCGCCUGGGUUGACAGCUUUCUACGAUCGCAUCAUGAGGCAGAUCUGCGACGGUGAACGGUCUGUCAUUGAAGGAUGUGUGCGGUUGCUGAAGGUGAUGAUGGUGGCUUAUCGCCCGCUGGACGUGCGGGAGCUACGUGGCGUGAGCGGUUUACUCGACGAGGAACCAGACAUGGAGAAAUGGAUUGAACGGUGCGCAUCGUUUGUGAUGAAACGAGGAAAUACGAUCAAUUUUGUGCAUCAAUCCGCCCGAGACUACUUGGCGGGGCAGACUGGAGGAGCUAUACUCGACAGUUACGAUCGUUACGAGCACGGCGACAUUUUGAUGAACAGUCUGGCGUAUCUACGUCAGAAGCUGAAGGUGGACCUCCUGGACCUCAGACGGCCUGACUCAUCACGAGAGUUGAUCACACAGUGUGAGCUCGAAUUGCUAGCCACUCUUAGCUAUGCCGCCACAUUCUGGUUUCGUCACCUUGAGGUGGCUGGAGAUGACCUUGUCCAGCGUGCUUUCCGGGGUCAAGGUCUCCUUGCAACCUUCCUACAAACUCGACUUUUAGAGUGGUUGGAAUGUUUGGGUUGGUUAGAUGAGACGGCGCGGGCCGUGGAGGCGCUAAAGAUAUUGGUCAAGAUGUCGACUGAUUCAGCUCAUGUGAGUCUCGCUGACGUCUUUAGUUUAAUAGGAUCGUCUGUGUGA